AUGGCUUCUGUGUUCAUCGCCUUUGCCUCCUUAUUCUUCAUCCUAGUUUCAAUCACAACCUUUUGCCUGGAAACGCAUGAGGCUUUCAAUACUAUUAUAAAUAAAACUGAGCAUGUUGUCAAUGGAACAGAAACUGUACCACAGUAUGAAAUUGAGACAGAUCCAGCCCUAACCUAUGUGGAAGGAGUCUGCGUAGUAUGGUUUACAUUUGAAUUUUUAGUGCGUGUUAUUUUUUCCCCCAACAAACUUGAAUUCAUCAAAAACCUCUUGAAUAUCAUUGACUUUGUGGCCAUCCUCCCCUUUUACUUAGAAGUGGGCCUGAGCGGGCUCUCCUCCAAAGCUGCUAAGGAUGUACUUGGUUUCCUCAGGGUAGUAAGGUUUGUGAGGAUCCUGCGAAUCUUCAAGCUCACACGGCACUUUGUGGGCCUCAGGGUGCUGGGCCACACUCUGAGAGCCAGCACCAAUGAAUUUUUGCUGCUGAUAAUAUUCUUGGCACUCGGUGUUUUGAUAUUUGCCACCAUGAUUUACUACGCAGAGCGUGUGGGAGCUCAGCCCAAUGAUCCAUCAGCAAGCGAGCACACGCAGUUCAAAAAUAUCCCUAUUGGCUUCUGGUGGGCUGUAGUCACCAUGACCACCCUGGGAUACGGGGACAUGUAUCCACGGACUUGGUCAGGUAUGCUGGUGGGAGCCCUGUGUGCGUUAGCAGGGGUGCUCACCAUAGCCAUGCCUGUACCUGUGAUUGUUAACAACUUUGGGAUGUACUACUCCCUGGCCAUGGCAAAGCAGAAACUGCCGAGGAAGAGGAAGAAGCACAUCCCUCCUGCUCCUCAAGCUAGCUCUCCCACCUUCUGCAAGACAGACUUGAACAUGGCCUGCAAUAGCACACAAGGGGACAUCUGCCUGGGCAAGGACAACCAGUUGAUGGAGCACAACAGAUCAUCAGUGUUAUCAGGUGAAGACAGUGCAGGAAGUGAGCAGCCACUCUCACCUGGUGAAAGGCUCCCUCCCAUCAGACGCUCUAGUACCAGAGACAAAAACAGAAGAGGGGGAACAUGUUUCCUACUGACAACAGGGGAUUACACGUGUGCUACUGAUGGAGGGAUCAGGAAAGGUAUGGACUUCUUUCAUUAGAUCAUAAAGAUCACUCAGCAAUGUGCGUGUGAAAAGCAAACUUAGAGUAAAAUGAUGUGCACAAUGCUCUUAGAGGAAAGACUGUACCACAGUGUAUCUUUUUUUCUUUAUUCCUAGUCGUUCUUUUCCUGCUUUUCUUUUAAAAACUCAUUUCCUUUAGUCUUCACGAAAAGUGCUUGAUGUUGGACCUUCAUUUCACUUGUGUCUUCAUUUGUCUGUUACUUUUUAUGGACAAGCCUGCAAUUCAGACUUUACUCAUUCCACUACUCGUCACUUGAUACCAUUUGUCACUUUGAAAGACAAAUUAAUUAUUUAGUAACUUUGAUCCACACUUAAUAACUUAGUAAAAAUUACAGCUGAAUAAAUUAUAUUUUAAAAGUUGAAAUACCAGAAGUCAAUAACAUUUUUAUUUCUGAACACAACAAAGUGUAUCAAUGAGAUGCUAUUUAGAUUUAUUUCAAAGAAAAGUUUGAAUUUAUAGUGCCACAAAACAUUCCCUCUUUGUAAUAUGCUAUCUAAUGCUAAAUGGUGACUGCCUCCCCCAGUCAGAAUUCAACUACAGUAAACUGCUCUUGAUCUUGCAAGGUGCUGCUGUCUUACAAGUUGUUCAACUUCUUCAAGCCUAAUUGCUCCCUGUUCCACAAGUUUGGGUUUUCCUGGUGCAGCCGUAAAAACCUUUUGGCAUUAUGAAUCAGCCAUGAUGUGGCCACCCAAUCAGGCCACAGUUGGGCAUAACCCAGGGCAGAACCUCAA